AACUGCUUUUACUAUUUCUGAGCUCAAAGCAGUUAUCUUCAACUGAACUCUCCGUCGUCCUGCGAAAACAAGAGGUCAAAGCAGUUAUGCCGGGCAGAGUCUGAAGGCUUCAAUUUCUUGACUUGAACAAAGCCAUGCUGCUGCUCUGUUCUCCUCUUCGUGCAAAGCUCUCUUUUUCUGAGACUACUCUUUUUGCUUGCCAAGCUCGAGGAGUAUUUUCCACCCAGAAAAUGUUCAGAGUGCAGUGCCAGGCUGGUAGCUACCUGCAAGCUCAUCGAGAAGAGAACAGAAAUGUCUUGUGUUCGGAGGAGAACUUGAGGAGGAGAAAUCUUCUACUUGUUCUAGUUACUUCAAGCAUACCUCUGGCUUUUCCAUCUUAUGGAAAGACAAAAGGUAAAAACCCAUAUGAUGAAAAACGUUUGUUAGAGCAAAACAGGCGCAUACAAAAAGAAAAUAAUGCACCUGAAGACUUCCCAAAUUUUGUCAGAGAAGGAUUUACUGUAAAAGUUGUGGCAUCAGAGAAUUAUGUAAAGCGUGACUCAGGUCUUGUAGUGUGGGAUAUUGCUGUUGGUAAAGGUGAUUCUCCAAAGGCUGGUCAGCAGGUGACGUUUCACUAUGUCGGUUAUAAUGAGUCAGGCCGCCGCAUUGACAGUUCAUAUGUACAGGGUACUCCGGCAAAAAUCCGAAUGGGUACUAAUGCAUUAGUUCCAGGUUUUGAGGAAGGAAUCCGGGACAUGAAACCAGGUGGAAAAAGGAGAAUUGUAAUUCCCCCAGAACUAGGACCGCCAGUAGGACCUUCCACCUUUUUCAGCUCAAAACAAUUUGAGGUUUUUGAUGUGGAACUGGUUAGCAUUCAAGAUUGCACAAGGAGGACAAUUGGUUUUUACUCCGAUUUUGUUUGUAAUUGAAUGAUGAAGCUUUUCCUUCAAAUGUUGGUGGUAUGUUUCCUUUGGACAUUGCACAACCGAUAAGAAAAAGAGGUUCCUGACACCGUGGGUAUAAAAGGUGGCAUGCGGGCAAACAUUAGACAGCACGAUAGGGUGCUUAAGACCUGUUCGUAUGCCAAGCCGGACCCAUUUUUCAAGGUUUAGCUUUAGCUUGUCCCUAGCUACCCCUGUCAGCUUAUAGUAGCCUAUAUUCCUUGUUUUACCAUGUGUGUAGACAUAACCAAUUCAUGCAUCCACCUAUAUAAUGGACACACCUGAACAAACACACACGUAUAC